UUGAAUAACCUGGACCCAGAGCUGAAGAACCUGUUUGACAUGUGUGGCAUCUCAGAGGCCCAGCUGAAGGACAAGGAGACCUCCAAGGUUAUCUACGACUUCAUCGAAAAGAAAGGAGGGGUGGAGGCCGUCAAGAACGAGCUCCGUAGGCAAGGUGAGCUCACCUGAACCACCCUCUGAGUUCUGUGUAUCUCAAGCAUUAAGGAUUCCACCCACUGUGAAUGUGAUGAACUUCCUUGUUGAGAAUGCACUCCACUGGUAAUGAGAUGGUGCAAGCCAGAUGGGGCUUAAUUAUGUGGCAUUUUUCCAGGGCCGCGCAGGUGGUGUGGUGGGUAACUAUCUGUGUGUUUCAAUAGAGUUGUGGUUGGUGUGAUUCUGCCUCAGGUGUUGACUGUGUGAGCUUUGACCUGCUUGACUGGAUAAAGCUAACUAGCUUGUGGUUUGUCUGAAUUUUAAAUAAACAGAGUUGAAAGGCUAUAAUGUAAAAUGUUGCCAGAAUUUCUGAGCUCUUGAACAGUCAAUGUACCAGAAGUAUAACUGAUUUAAAAAAUAUUAAUGAGAUUCCUGGUAUUCCACUACUCGACUCAGAAAAUCAAGCAUGGAUUGGAAACUUGUGGUGGAGUGUUUUAGUUUUUAGCACUGUUUGAUUUUGGAUGUUAAUUGCCAAGUUGCUGUGCUGGGUGUUGUUUUGGCUGUGUAUUGGAGUGAUUUGAAACAGAGUAUCUGGAUGACAGGGUUUGAAUUACACAUUAACUCUUGGAGGGUAACCUAUAAUUGGAAACAACGUUUAUGGGGUUGCACACGCUAUUUUCAGUGCCUAUUAAGUGAGAGAGCCCUGAUUUGUAAUGGGACCGAGCAGUACUCUUGUGCACCCCAGUAACUCGAACCCUGCUGGAUGGGAUAUUGACUCUUUAACUGACUUCUCUCUCUCUUUCUCCGUCUCUUUCCGUCUUUGUCCCACCCAGCCCCACCACCCCCUCCCUCUCGGGGAGGCCCACCUCCCCCUCCCCCGCCCCACAGCUCGGGCCCAGCUCCCCCCCCACCACCAUUGCGAGGUGGCCGGGGUGCCCCGCCACCACCUCCACCCUCUCGGGCCCCCACCUCUGCCCCUCCUCCACCCCCCCCCUCCAGGCCUGGCGCCCUAGGAGCCCCCCCUCCUCCCCCGCCCCCCACCAGAGGGGGCCACCACCACCAGCCACCACCUCCCCCUCCACCCUUGCAUGCCAACGCAGCACCCCAUGCCCCACCACCGCCUCCCCCACCAGCAGCACCACCCUCAGGUGGUGGGGGAGCCCCUCCUCCUCCACCACCUCCUCCACCACCCCCACCUGGACCCCUGCCCCCUCCAGAGCUGGACUGUGGUGUGCCAUUGUCCCACUCACCCCAGGGCUCGGGGGGUAAAUCGGCCCUGCUGGAGCAGAUCCGUGGGGGCACCCAGCUGAAGAAG